AGCUAAGUUAAGAACUUAGUAUUUUUCGCUUUCCCGGCGGGCGGCAACCUUGCCUUGGCCGCCCGCCGGACCUCAACCUAGUCCACUGGAAUUUUCUACACAUACCUUGAAAUUCCUUCGAGUCCACCACCUUCAAUAAACCCAAUUGAGACUACUCUGGCUUCAAGAGGAUCUGUCACCAGAUGCUCUCUCUUUCAUAAGCUCUCACUCUUCUUCACCAGAUCUAAUCCAAGAGAGGAAAGCUUUACAUUGUGGGCAGGACUGAGUCUCUUGUCUAGGAAUUUGUUGAUAUGGGUCGUGGAGUCAGUUCUGGCGGCGGACAGAGUUCACGUGGCUACUUAUUUGGGAGUGGUGAGGCUCCAAAGCCAGCCACAAACAAUCCAACACCUGCUUCAAGUGAAGGACAGGAUGUAAAUAAUGGUCCUCCCCCCAAGACUACUGCUGCUUCUCAACAAGUAGAUGUUACUAAGCAGAUUCCUCCCGGUAUAAAUAGCAGCACUGCAAAUAAAUACUUCAGGGCAGAUGGUCAGACCGGUGGCACUUUCAUUACAGAUCAGCCCUCAACUAAGAUCCAUUCUGCCCCUGGUGGUGGAUCUUCUCUUGGUUACCUCUUUGAUGACGACGGUCCAAUGAGUGUCUCAGUCUUUCCCGCCGCCCAGAACUCCUCGUCGCUACUCUCCUGCACCAGAUCUGAACCACAUACAGGAAAAGUGCACCGCGUCUCCACUGUGAACCAACUCAUCGCCACCGCCGUCCGCCCUAUUGGGUAACCCAAGCUCAUCGUCAGAAGCUUCGAGAAGGUGUCUCAUGCACCUCUCAGUCUCGUCUUCCUCAUCGUCUCCCUUCAAACCACCAUGACUGUACUCUGAGGUCGCCGUGGGGAGAGAUGCAGGCUCGUCGGAGGUGGCGGAGUCGCCGGAGAGCUCUCGUUGGAGGGUGGUGAGGAUAGAAGAGAAGUCUAAGUUGGGUUCGUCUUCUUCGUCUUCGAAGAGAGAGAGAGAGAGUUUUUUUUUUUAAAAGAAUGGCUGAGCUGAUUGAUGUUGGUACAUGGGAAAGUGGACUCACGUGGGUGGUAAUUUGCCCCACGGUUUUGAUCAAAACCAGCCUAUAGCCUAUAGUUUCAAAGACGCACUCCCCUUUCUCUCUUCCUUUUGGCUGUUUGAAAACACUAUCUCUCUCUACUCCAGCCUAUAGCCUAUAGUUUCAAAGACGCACUCCCCUUUCUCUCUUCCUUUUGGCUGUUUGAAAACACUAUCUCUCUCUACUCAAGUCCAUCCACGCUAUGUCCACUUUCUUUAAACCCAUCAUUCCAUAACCCACAUGGGCUUGUUCCCAUCUUUUCAUACAACCCAUCAUUCCCAAAUUAUUUAAUCAAUUCGUC